CAAGUACAACCCUAAUAUUGUUUUCACAGGAAAAAAGAUGGUGAAUGCUGACACACGAUACAGGUCUCUGCUUAAAGAGUAAAGGUAUGGAUGACUUUGUCGAUUCAUGUCCCUCAAAUCUCACAGAAGUGAUCAAAGCAACUUUAAGGCUGGGCUGUGGACAGGACAAGUAUGGGAAUGAUCAGUAUAUCUGUCUCCCCAACAUAGAGAAGACAGGACUGGUAGAACUAUGUCAUAAUGGUAUCAUGGGCUUUAUAGAAAAGGGUAAUUGCUUGGAAACUUCAGAGGGAAAACUGUUUCAAAGAGAUUGUUCGAGCUUUGUAAUGGGAUGUCCAGAUUAUCCUUAUCGCAGCAAUAAAAUAUUUAAUUAUUCUGCCUGUCAAAAGAUUAAUACACGGCUCAAUUGUUACAUCUCUGAUAGUUCAUGCGUGGGCACGACUACAAUAAAUACAUCUACUGAAUCCUUCAAUGUUGGAGAAAUUAUUGGGAUUGUGACUGCUGUUAUCUUCACUCUCAUCAUCCUCACAGUCAUAACCAUUAUUAUUAGUAGAAAAAGACUGGCAAACAGGAGGAAAAGAGGCUUAAAUUCACGUGGAUGUGGUGAGGAAGAUGUUUUACUAACUGAUCGAAGUACCACAAAAGAGUUAGAUACAGUUACAGUUACAGAAACAGAGAAGAAAAAUUCACUUGAACAAAAUAAAAGUAAAAGUAUUGAAGAACAGG